CCCGGCCACUUCGCGCGGGAGUGCCCGAACAAGGGCGGCUUUGGCGGCGCCGGCGGCGGCGUCAGCGGCGGCGGCGACGCCGGCGGCGCCCGCGGCAGGUCCCGCAGCAGGGAGCGGGAACCCGAGCGGCGGCGGCCGGACGAGCGGCGGCGCGGCAGCCGCAGCCGAAGCAGGGAGCGCGAGCGGGAGCACCGCGGCGGCGGCGGGCGGCGCGGAGACGAGCGACGGGAGGGCGAGCGCCGCCAGCGCGAGCGGGAGCCGGAGCACCGCAGGUCCGGCGGCAGCCGCAGCCCCGGCCGGCGGCGCAGCAGCCGCCGCAGCCGCAGCCGUAGCCGCAGUGGCAGCCGGAGCCAGCGGCACGGCAGCAGCAAGCACCGUUCGUCGUCCGACCGCGGCGGCGGCGGUGACAGGGAAAGGAGCAGCAGGCGGUGA